AUGAAGACCUUUGCCCUGCCCAUCAUUCUCGGCCUGGCCAGCCUCGCGACUGCCCGCACCGACCUCGCCGGCUGCAUUUCGUCGCAAACCACCAAUCAAUGGCACGAAGCCAGUAUGAUCUGGUGGGUUCCCGACACCGGUGAGAUCUGUGACUUUGUCGACUGCGGCGGCGGUCGUGCUCCUCCCAAGACGACAGUGCCCGGCUGCCCUCUUUACAAGGGCACUGAGACUGUGACACCUAGCUACAUGCCCGGCUGGGGUCCCAACGGCAAGUUGGCCGCUACUACCACCACCAUCUCGCAAACCACGUCCUCCACUCAGACUACGGCGACUGGCGAAUCUUCCGAAAAGACAACCACUACCGCCACUCAGGCUGAGACCGGUAACAGCAUGAUUACUGCUGCGCCGACCAGCUCGCCCGUUGUCUCUUUGACCACCACUACUUCGGCUGCCUCCAAGGUUGGAAACACUACCGUCUCUGGAAACUCGACCGCUUCUGCUACAAAUGCUGUCCACACUGGUGCGGCUAGUGGAUUUGCUGUUACCAGCCUGGCUGGUGUCAUGGCUAUUGUUGCCGCUGCAGUGGGCGCUGUUGCCCUGUAA